AUGUUAGUGGGGAUCAUAGCCCAGGCUCAAAGAACGGUAGAAUGUGCCGUUUGUUCAGAGAUCAUGCAUGUACCAUUUUUAGCCAGUUGUGGCCAUUCCUUCUGUUACGGGUGCCUUUGUAGCUGGUUUACCAACAAGGUGAACUGUCCUACGUGUCGACAAAACUUGGAACAUCCACCAAUCCUAAAUGUUCAGCUUCAAGAGAUCAGCCAUAGCAUCAGCGAUGGAUUGAUAGCGUUGGGAAAAGACGCUGCCACCAUAAAAGCUCAACGAGACGAAGCCACUGCCAGCUAUAAGCACGAUAGUACCCGAAAAAAGCUAUUUGGAGACGCUUUUGAGUCAGCAUUGACACUCAUAGACCGGUCCGAUGGGGUUCCGCGUUGUGGAAAUUGCCAUUGGGAAGCCCACGGUAGCCGAUGUUUGUUCUGCGGUGCUCAAUUCCGCGUGCCACGCGACGACGACUACUUUGAUUCAGACGACGGCGACGCUUACAACGAAGAUGAUGAAGAAAUAGUGAUCCAUGGACAGGAUGAAGAUCUCGAUGGACCCAAUGAAUACGAUACAGAAGACAGUUUUUUGGACGCCCGCGAGCUCUCGGACAUCAACAACGAUCUACGAAGCGAUAGCGACGAGUGGCACGGGUUUGAAAGCGGCGAAGAAGAUCCGGGGUCAGAUCGAGGCGAUCUUGAACGAGCACUCGACCAAUUUCAUAAUUCCAAUUUUGACGAUUACGACGACGAAAGCCAUGAAAACGACUCGGAAGACACAGACGAAUUGAUCGUGCGAAGGCCGCGGGUCAUCCAAGUCGACCUGGACCUGGACUAG